AUGCCUCCUAGCUCGUCACCCAAAGGAGGCUCAUACCUCGAGGAGCUCCCUGCAGAACUCAUCCUCGAAAUUGUCUCUUGCCUUGAUGUCCCCAGUAUCAAAAAACUCAGUCUCGCCUCGUCUACUCUCCACCGUAUCUGCUUCCCGGCUCUCUUCCAAUACCUAUUCUUCUAUGAUUUCGGUGACAGGACCCCGCGCAGAUUCCUGUCUGACAUGCGCCGCCGUUGCCCAGUUCCCUGCGUCCGAAAACUUUCCUUCAACGACCUUCGCGCGGAUGUCAAAUCACAGGCGCUAUUGAAGUGGUGUGCCGCAGUACGAGAAUUCGAGAUAUUAUCCGCAUCCAAUCCGAAGCUAUACGCGCCACUCUUAUCCGGACUUGGGGACCUCAGAGCCGUCGAACUUCAUCGGGUUACCUUCCAACGCGUUGCAGAUUUCUUCGAGCUUCUGCGUAGCCUGUCUGCCACGGUUAAAGAUCUAACAAUUGGAAAUACUAUAGAGUUCGUUUCCACUUCCGACAACUAUCCGAUUCUCCCGCAGACUGGCAGGAGGAUCAAAGUAGAGAAACUUGUUGUCAGCUCAUGUCUAGUCCUAGAGCUCCUCCUACGAGAUGAUUCUCCAGUCGAGCUUUCACGUUUGAAGGUCGCAGAAACCAGAUAUGUAACACCAUCUAUCAUCAACAAACUCGGUUAUCUCAACCCUCGUCUUGCCAAGCUGGUCAUCCAGGAUCCUGCGUUGGAAUCAAACAGUGAAUCUCUCGUACUCCCUGCUGUCAAACAUUUGACUCUCUCUUUCCGCCUUUCGGAGUGGAGAUCCACGCCCCUCAGAAAGCUCCUGAACCAUUCGGAGGUCAAUUUGGAAGAGUUAACCAUAAAGCUCCCAUUCGAAGUCAUCUUGGAGGAAAGGGGCGAGUGGGAGGGGUUGGCGUUGAUGCUGUCACGGCAAUCGAAGUUGCAGGGAUUGAAAGUCGUGGCAUUAAUCCUUCAUACUAUCGCCGCCAAGACCGAGGCAAAGAAAACGCGUCCUAUGAAUAAUGACGAGAUGCAAAAGUAUCAUCCAUUCAAUGUCAAUGCUUUUACGAGGUGGAAGUAAUUACACCGCAAAAUGUCCAGCUGGUAUAUACGAUGAAGAAACAAUAAAUAGUCAUAGCAGUAGUCUGCGGAUGCUUAAUGGAUAGAAAGAUUAGCGUCUGUGAUAUAGAACAUAACCUAGAAAAUAAGAAAAACAGUAUAGUAUAUUUUGACACGCUAGCACGCUGGUAAGGACUAAGUAUCGUCAGUCUAGAGACCAUAAUCACGAAAAACACUCACCUUCAGGCAAUAACAGGGACAAGCGCAGAUCGAGCCCCUUCUCCAUUGACAUCAUGUACUGCUGCUGCAACUUG